AUGGAAGAAAUUUCAGAUAGACUAUUUAACGACAAUACAGGAAGCAUAGAAUCAGGUAACGAUGAUCCAUCAUUAUUGACAAUCAUACUAGAUCUUUCCCUUAAGGGAUGGUUCAAUAUUAAAGACUUGAUUUCCAUCCAAGACAUCACCAAAUCUUUGUUGGUAUUUUUAAAUGGACAUCUUUCAUUAAACAACAGUAAUCAGGUUGCAUUUAUUGUCAGUUCAUCUAAAGGUUCCAAAUUUUUAUACCCUGACCUAACAACAAAUGGAAAUAACACCACAGAGGAUUUUGGUGGUCAAUUCCCAGGAAUGUAUCGACAAUUCAAAAUGGUUGAUCAGUCAGUAUUACAUCAAUUGAACAAAUUUAUCGAAGAAGUUAUGGCAACUCCAGAAGAAGAAGAAGAAAAUGGAAGAAGAAGAAGAACAACUAAUACAUUAACAGGAGCUCUAAGUAUGGCCUUAACUUACACUAAUAGAAUGUUAACAUUAGAUCAAACGAUUACAACCACAACAGCAUCCGCCAUGACAACAUCGACUUUAGAAAGUACAUCAAAUAACAACACUUCAAGUUCGGGCUCAGCAUCUGUAUCUACAACGGGCAUAAAGUCACGUGUGUUGAUUGUAUCAGCUAAUGAUGACGACGAUAUCAAAUAUAUCCCAUUGAUGAAUUGUAUUUUUGCUGCCCAGAAGAUGAAAGUAUCUAUAGACGUGGCGAAAUUGGGACACAAGAAUUCAUCAUAUUUACAACAAGCUUCAGAUGCCACUAGAGGAGUUUAUUUACAUAUUGAAGAUCCUAAGGGGAUUAUUCAAGUUUUAUCUACAGCAUUUUUCAUUGAACCAAAUUUAAGACCUUAUAUUAUUUUGCCAACAAAUUCAAAUGUUAAUUAUAGAGCCAGCUGUUUCUUGACUGGUAAGUCUGUCGAUUUAGGAUAUGUUUGUUCAGUUUGUUUAUGUAUUAUGUCAAAAUUACCUGAUAAUGGGAAAUGUCCGGCUUGUGAUUCUGCAUUUGAUAAAAAAAUCAUCAAUGAAUUGAUUAGAGAACCACAGGUAAUUUCCAAGAAGAAGAGAAAACUCGACAAUGGAACCUCUGCAACACCCACUCCUAGUUAG